AUGGCGCGCGAUCAGGAUGUCUAUACUGAGGGCGAUAACGAUGAUGACGACGAGGAAGAAGAGGAUGAAGGUGCCGAGGUGUCGACGCCUGGGAUGACGGAUCCCGUGCCAAGAAUUCUUCCCUCCGAAGUCUGGGAUCAUGGCUUCGUUAAUGAAGUGAUAGAGCGCAUCUUCUUGGCGAAGGUGGCCACCGAGAAAGUGCCCGGGAAGAAGGGAAAACCCGACGGAACCUUAAGCUAUCUGGACAUCGGAAAACUGCUGGCGCUGGGUCGGAAGAGCUUGAUGCGCCAGAAGAUGAUCGUCAGAAUCCCGGAAAAAGAGCUGCCGUUGACCGUCGUCGGGGACAUCCACAGCAACAUCAUCCAUUUACGCCGGAUUUUCCACACGAACGGUUGGCCGGGUGAUGGGCACUCGUAUCUGCUACUCGGGGAUUAUAUUGAUCGUGGCACACAGGGAAUCGAGACAGUAUGCCUACUACUCGCUCUGCAAUACCGCUACCCGACCCGUGUACACAUGCUGCGCAGCAGCCACGAAGAGGCCAACACCACCCUCAACUACGGCUUCUACGAGGGUAUCCGCAAGUUCCCAACCGGAAAUCCAGGGAUAUCAGGCGACCAACCGUUGCCUUCGCCACACCGGCCUUUUUCAGAUUUGGCGCAACUUCAUCCAGACAUU